UGGGCAGUCUUCAGGCUCAGGAGCCCAACCUGGCCCUCUGUCUCCUCUCCACCCUGCUCCUCUUGGCCUCCAGCAGCCCUCUCUCUUCCGGAGUUGUGGCCUUCCCAAGCUUGCUUCCCAGCUCCGCCCCUCUCUCUGGACGCAUCUCUGGGCCCCAUCAUCACCCGGCGCCGGGCCCUCCCUCCCACCCCCCUUUCUCCUCCCUCCUUCCUUCCCUCCCUUCCUCCGUCUCUCCCUCCCUCCCAGCUCCUGCACCAGGAAACGGCCCGGAUCCUGGCAGCGGCCUGACCCGGCUCCACGCUGGCCAGGAGGAUGAAAGGCCCCAGCUGGGGGCUCCUUGCCACCAGCGCUGGGUCCUAAAAGCUGCCAUCCAGGCUGGCUGCCCGGAUGGCGACCCCAGCCUCAGCCCCAGACACACGGGCUCUAGUGGCAGACUUUGUAGGCUAUAAGCUGAGGCAGAAGGGUUAUGUUUGUGGAGCAGGCCCUGGGGAGGGCCCAGCAGCUGACCCACUGCACCAAGCCAUGCGUGCAGCUGGAGAUGAGUUUGAGACCCGCUUCCGGCGCACCUUCUCUGAUUUGGCAGCCCAGUUGCAUGUGACCCCUGGGUCAGCCCAGCAACGCUUCACCCAGGUCUCUGAUGAACUCUUCCAAGGGGGCCCCAACUGGGGCCGCCUUGUGGCCUUCUUUGUCUUUGGAGCCGCACUGUGUGCUGAGAGUGUCAACAAGGAGAUGGAGCCACUUGUGGGACAAGUGCAAGAGUGGAUGGUGGCCUACCUGGAGACACGGCUGGCCGACUGGAUUCACAGCAGUGGGGGCUGGGCGGAGUUCACAGCUCUAUACGGGGACGGGGCCCUGGAGGAGGCACGGCGUCUGCGGGAGGGGAACUGGGCCUCAGUGAGGACAGUGCUGACAGGGGCCGUGGCACUGGGGGCCCUGGUAACUGUAGGGGCCUUUUUUGCUAGCAAGUGAGAAAGUCCAGGGCCAGGUGGGGCUAGGUGUAGUUGGGGGACAAGAGAGCAGGAACACAGAAAAGAAAUGCCCUUGGAAGAAGUGGGUGAAUGGAUGGGCAUGGAAUGGGGAUGGGAAGGGGCAGGGUACUGUGGGAAGGAGCUGUGUGUGCCAGGCAGGCAGUCGGAAGGAUGAGCUGGAGACAUUAGGGGAUGUGUUUGGAAAGCGAGCAGGCCAGGAGAUGGAGGCAUUCCAGGGUUGGGAGGAGGUGGGAGAGAUCAUGCCUAUAGGUAUAGGCACACAAAACUGUAACUAGAGCUUACUUUGUAGCCCUAAAGAAGGAGGAUUUGCAUAAGGGGUUGUGUCUCCAUUGGAUGAGUGAGAUUUGGGGAAAAACACCGAAGGCACAUCCCUUUGGAAUGGAAGCUUGGAGUUCUCAGGUGAUAGGGAGAGGUGGCUGUGAUGUUGGGCUGCUUGGACAUGUGUAUGCAUGUGCACGCGUGCUUGUGUGCAUGCUAGGCUGCUUGUCUAACAUGGUGGCGGCCGUAUUCACAGAGAAAACAUUCCCUGUUGAAGUGGCAAGAACAAGGGGCAGCUCUCUGCCCCUCCUCCCAACUCCCUCCUCCCCCUCUCCUUGUCCUGAUGCCUCAAGGCUAUGGGAAAAACACUGUAUCCAGAAGAGGGCUUUGGGCACUUUUCCACAGAAAGUCAUUUGCAGGGCUUUGGAGAUAAGUUCUGUAGCUGGCCCUGUUGCUUCACCGUCCCUAUUCCUUGUGCAUCAUGCACUUGCUGCUGCCUCCUGGGCUCUGACAGAAAACAGGGCCGUGGAGCCUGCAGUGGGGGUGGGUGGGGAGCUGGACCUACCUGCCGCCCUCCUCUCCCACUGGGGCACACUGGUGCCUAAAGUGUUCCCUGUCUCUGGGACUUUCUGCACCCAAACUCAAACUCUAAAUUGGGACUCUAAUUUUCCUUGUGAGUGUGUGGAGGUAAAUGCUGAUCUAGAGUACAGUCUGGGUCUUGCACUGUGUCUCAGUGAGACUGUUGAUGCCUUGAGAGGAACAUUCCAGCUCUGAACCCCAUAGGUGUGAGGGUGACCUAUACUCCGUGACUGGCCUAUUCCGUGUAGUGGGCUUUGGUGCUGCUUUAUCAAGGGCCAGAUAUAUGGGUUCUAGAGUACCUACCACGACCUAGAAGCAUUCAUAUUUUCUUUGAAGCCACGCUGUUUGCAUGGGUGUUACUUGUCUGUACCUCUGAGUCUGAGGACGUUAACUUUAGAGCUCACAGUCCUCUAGAACAGAUUCCACUUAUAGCUUUUUCUUUUGAGAAAGAAAUGAUUUCACUCCAGAUGCAUGCCCUGAGCCAGACCUCACUGCUGCACUUCCCAAGGUGCUAAAAUUGCUGCUCUCCAAUGCUGACUUCAGACACAGUGCUCUAGAACCCUGCCCUUGAUCCUGAGCACUGAUCAGCUUAGCUAGACCAUGGUUGACUCUUCUUGGGAUUUUCAUUUGGUCCCAAAAUGUGGCAACAUAGUUGUACUCACAAGAAUGUGGGACCAAAAUUGGCCUCAGGUGUUUAGCCCAGACUUUUGCUUUUGAGAGAGGGCUGCACUUUUUAAUGGUAUUUAUAGGGGAGGUGGAAGACUGCAUGUGCCACUUGGUCCAUCGUGAGUAUGCUGAUACCAGAAACUCAGAGCUGGUCUGUGGCAGGCAGUUGGGGUGGGGUGGGGGGUCUCUGACUUGCUCAGGACAAACUAGACCAGUGGUUUUCAGGCUGCUUGGCAGAGCCCUGAGGUUUCCUAGGGGUUGCCUCAGGAGGCCUUGGGGAGGUGAAGGGAGGGGGUGCUGAGCAGGCUGGGCUACUUGUCCUUAAACAGAAUAGCUCCCCUUGUAGCUGUCUUACAUAUCGGGGUUCAGGGUAAGAUUUUAUUUGCAUUAAGGGGUUUGCUGCUGAAAAAAAAAGUUGGAAAACCACUGACUAGACCAUCAGCUCCAAAUUGGAGCCUCUGCUCCCCCAGGUUUGGGGCAGACUCCACCCCUCCCCUCUACCACAAGACCACCUAUCCCUGUUAACUCUCCUGGGGAACUUUAGCUAACAGGAGCAGCAGGGACCGUGGUCAGGUAACUGAAAUGCCCUGCUCUGAGGCCUUCACACCUUGGUAGAAGGAGAAGUUGUUUUCUGAAAGGGUAAAGGGCUUGGAUUCCCAGAAGCAUAGCUUGAAUGGGACCGUAGUGGGCAGUUUUGAUCUGUCCUGUCCUUGAGGGGCAAUGGAAACCCCAGAGACUCUUCUGUCAGGGAAAACUAGAGACUCUUCUAGAGCCAUAUAGUUCCUUGGGAUUAGCUCUUGGCCAGGAAGGCUGAGUAUGGCUCCCAAUUUUUAAAUCUAUUUCAUUUUUAAAAAAUAAGGGAAAUAAAUCUAAUUGCCAUUUUUCAGAGAUUAAAUAGGUAGAGAGGGUGUUUCUUGCUCUCCAGAGCCCAAAGGGACAUAUAGGGAUUUUGCUUAGGCCAA